AGAGGGCGGGGACGGACACACGGACGGAGACGUACACCUCUCCCCCAGCCGCCACCAUCCUACCCGUACAGCACCCUAAGUGUCCACAACUUUCGGCCGCCUUCGCCCAGGGCUCAGCGCCCGGUGGGGUGGGGACAGCGCAGAGUGAGUAGAGAGACAGAUGAGAGAGAGCAAGGGAGAGAGAAGAAAGGAAAAAGGGAGCAGAAAGGGAGGAAAAGGCAUCGUGAGAAAGAAAGGAGUUUCCUAGCGCCCAGAAGAGGUAAAGAGCCCGAAGGAGCGGAAGCGAUCCUGGGUGGGGGAGUGGAGCACAGCGAGGGGAGGGGAGAGGAAGGGCGAGGAGGAGGAGUGAGCACUAGAGGCGGCGAAGGAAGCGGGGCGCGACACAGCUCGGGGAGCGGAGCGGAGGGCGGCGCGCAGCCCGCAGCGGGCAGAGGCGCUCGGGCAGCCGAGAGGAGGGAGCGCGGCGCGGAGAGGAGGGGCCUGCGGCCCGUGGACAUGUCAAUCAGGGCCCCGAGCCCCGGGAGUCUCCGCCAGUCUGUCCGGACCUGACCUGGCUCCCGGCCGCCGCCGCCGCACCGCGGAGCAGAUCCAUCGGGGACCGCGGAGCGCCGCGCAGCGCGGGAGGCAGCGCGGCCUGAACCCGGCCCAGCCCCCGAUGCGCGCCGGAGCCCGCGGGCGGCGCUGAGCAGGGCGGCCCCGGCGGCCGGGCCCCCUCUCCGUCCGCGCCCCGCGGGCCACCAUGUCCUUCCCCCAGCUCGGUUACCAGUACAUCCGCCCCAUCUACCCACCCGAGCGCCCGGGGACGGCCAGCGGCGGCGGCAGCGCUGGGGCCCGCGGCGGCCCGGCAGCCGGCGCCUCGGAGCUGGCCGCCUCGGGGUCCCUGUCCAACGUGCUCUCGUCCGUGUACGGGGCGCCCUACGCCGCCGCGGCAGCAGCGGCCGCUGCCGCCCAAGGCUACGGCGCUUUCCUGCCCUACGCCGCCGAGCUGCCCCUCUUCCCGCAACUGGGCGCACAGUAUGAGCUGAAAGACAGCCCCGGGGUGCAGCACCCGGCCGCCGCCGCCGCGUUUCCGCACCCGCACGCCGCCUUCUACCCCUAUGGCCAGUACCAGUUCGGGGACCCGUCCCGUCCGAAGAACGCCACCCGCGAGAGCACGAGCACGCUCAAGGCCUGGCUCAACGAGCACCGCAAGAACCCCUACCCCACCAAGGGCGAGAAGAUCAUGCUGGCCAUCAUCACCAAGAUGACCCUCACCCAGGUGUCCACCUGGUUCGCCAACGCGCGCCGGCGCCUCAAGAAGGAGAACAAGAUGACGUGGGCGCCCCGCAGCCGCACCGACGAGGAGGGCAACGCGUACGGGAGCGAGCGCGAGGAGGACGAGGAGGAGGACGAGGAGGAGGGCAAGCGCGAGCUGGAGGAGGAGGAGGAGCUCGGCGGGGAGGAGGAGGACCCGGGGGGCGAGGGCCUGGCGGAGGACGAGGACGAGGAGGAGAUCGAUUUGGAGAACGUGGACGGCGCGGCCGCGGGGCCUGAGCUAGUCCUGGCGGGGGCGGCGCGCGGGGAGGACGACCUGGGCCUGGGACCCAGUUCCGACUCCAAGCACAGCGACUCGGACGACAGCUCCGAGGGCCCGGAGGAGCGCCCGCUGCCGGCCCUGAGCCUGGCCCCGGUGCCACCGCCACUGGCCGCGGCGCCGCCAUCCCCGCCCUCGCCCCCCGCGGGCCUGGACCCCUGCGCUCCUGCUCCCGCGCCCGCCUCCGCCCUGCAGAAGCCCAAGAUCUGGUCCCUGGCCGAGACGGCCACGAGCCCGGACAACCCGCGCCGUUCGCCUCCGGGCGCGGGAGGCUCUCCCCCCGGGGCCGCCGGGGCGCCCCCGGCCCUGCAGCUCUCCCCGGCCGCGGCCGCCGCCGUGGCGCACAGACUGGUCUCGGGGCCGCUGGGCAAAUUCCCCGCGUGGACCAACCGGCCGUUCCCAGGCGCGCCGCCCGCCGCCCGCCCGCACCCGCUCUCCCUGCUCGGCUCGGCCCCUCCACACCUGUUGGGACUCCCCGGAGCCUCGGGUCACCCGGCCGCCGCCGCUGCCGCCUUCGCUCGGCCCGCGGAGCCCGAGGGCGGAACAGAUCGCUGCAGUGCCUUGGAAGUGGAGAAAAAGUUACUCAAGACCGCCUUCCAGCCCGUGCCCAGGCGGCCCCAGAACCACCUGGACGCCGCGCUGGUCUUGUCGGCCCUCUCCUCCUCUUAGUUCUUUUUUUUUUAAUUUUUUAAUCGUUGUAAUAAUUGUAAAAAAAAAAAAAAGUAAUCGCUCUGUAUAGUUAUGACUUGUAAGCAUGUCUGUGUAUGAAUACCUAAAAAAAAAAAAAAGAAAACUAAACAAAAAAAAGAAAUAAAAAAAUACAACAAGUCCCCCCGGGUGGAGUCUCCCCAAGUCGCUUCUGUCCCCCACAUUAGCCGAGCUUGGGAGAUGGGUGUGCGAGGCUGGUUGUGGGGAGUGGCGUUUCGGAGAGAAUCAGCGUGUCUGACUUGUUUGUAUAUAUUCAGAAGACAUGUACAUAUGUGUGAACCAAAUUGUACAAGAAAGUAUCUAUUUUUGGCUAAAUAAAUGAGCUGUUGCCACUUUGACUAUAA